UUGUCCAACACAGGAAUGUUCUCUGGACCUGGUGUGUUCUGCUCUCCUGAGGGGCUCCGUCCAGAACCUCUCUGUCCUCAACAUGUCCAAGAGUGUAUUUGCACAUAGGAAAGGCAAAGAUGUGCCUCCAUCCUUCAAGCACUUCUUCAGCAGCGCCGUGGCCCUCAGCUGCAUCAACCUUUCAGGAACCAAACUCCCUCCAGAGGCCUUGAAAGCUCUUCUGCUCGGUCUGGCCAGUAACCCCAACAUCAAGGAAGUGUCGUUAGACCUCAGCUGCUGUGAGCUCAGGUCUGGGGGGUCACAGAUCCUGGAGGGAUGCAUCGCUGAGCUCCCCAACAUCUCCAGUCUGGAUAUCUCUGACAACGGUCUGGACUCUGACCUGUCCACUCUGCUGGUGUGGCUGGCCAAGAACCGAUCCAUCCGACACCUCUCUCUGGGGAAGAACUUCAACAACAUCAAGUCCAAGAAUCUGGCCCCUGUCCUGGACAAUCUGGUCCAUAUGAUUCAGGAAGAGGAGUCGCCCCUGACGUCUCUGUCCCUGGCUGACUCUAAGCUGAAGACGGACCUCACCAUUGUGCUGAAUGCUCUGGGCAGCAACACCAGUCUGACCAGGGUGGAUAUCAGUGGGAACGCCAUGGGGGACAUGGGGGCUAAGAUGCUGGCCAAGGCCCUGCAGAUCAACAGCAAACUAAGGACGGUGAUCUGGGAUAAGAACAACAUCAGUCCUCAAGGUCUUCAGGAUGUAGCAGCUGCUCUGGAGAAAAACUUCACCAUCCGGUUCAUGCCUAUCCCCAUCAUCGAUGCGUCUCAGGCUCUCAAAGCCAGCCCAGAGAAGACUGAGGAUGCCCUGCUCAAGAUUGAGAACUACCUGUUCCGGAACCAUGAGACUCGUCAAUACCUCCAGGAGCAGGCCUACCGCCUCCAACAGGGCAUCGUUACCACCACCACUCAGCAGAUGAUUGACAGGAUCUGUGUGAAAGUCCAGGACCAUCUCAACUCCCUGAGGAACUCAGAGACAGACGUGGUCUUAGACGACGUCAAGACGGCCGAAAACCUGAUGAAGGAUGCCAGGAACUCCAAAACGCUGCUUCCUAACCUGUACCACCUGGGAGCAGCGUCCAGAGAAGAGGUCAACGGUCAGUCAGUAGGACCCAUCCAGGAGAAACUGGAGUCCAUGGCUGGAGAGGUGGCCAGGGUCAUGGAUGAACAGCUACAGGGUCUGUUGGAGUCCAUGGUGGAUGCUGCGGAGGGUCUCUGUCCCCAUGUGAUGAGGAAGACUAACCUUCGUCAGGACCUGAUCAAAGCCAGCACAGCUAAGAUGGUGGUUCCCCGUAGCUUCGUCAAGAACACCCUGCUGGAACAGUCUGGAGUCGACAUCAUCAACAAGAUCAGUGAGGUAAAGCUGAGCCUGGCUUCCUUCCUCUCAGACCGUAUCGUAGAUGAGAUCCUAGAAGCCCUGUCUGGCUCUCAGCAUACACUGGCUGACCACCUGGUGAGGAAGGAGCGUCCUCUGGUCCAGCGGGAGUCUGUGGACCUGGACGUACCCGAGGAGAGGGCUCCUAAACGGGCCACCACGGAGCUGAAUGAGGCAGAAAGGCUGGAGGACCUGGAGACAUGCAUGGUACACUACACUACACGACCAUAUGUUUUGUGUGAGGGCCAGGAUCAUGUUCAUUCUGUUUCCUGUCGUGGGUUCCUCACUCAUUUGGGGUUUCAGACAUGUCUAAUCUCAGACUGAGUGUUACAGGGAGAUGAGCUAACCUUGGCUCAUGUCUAGUUAUCGUCCUGAAAGGCAAAAAUCCUUAAUCUACCAUUAAGGUUAACUGGUUCUAACUGUAAUGAAUUAGCAGUUCCUCAUGCUGUGCCUACUGGCCAUGGUAAGAUGGUAGGAUAGGGAGGUUGAUUCAUUAUGGUAGGAUGGUAAGAUACUGUAGGGAGGUUGAUUCAUUAUGGU